UUCCCCAAUCCGUUUCCUCCCAUGGCGGCACAAAUCACAGCUCCGAUUCUACCCCUGCUUCCUCCCCCGUGCCGUCGCCCGCUCCCGAGCCUUGGGGAGCUAAAGCCGAUGGGGCCUUCUCGCACCAGAUCCCGUCGGCUCGUGGUCGCCUGCGCAGCCUCCGGCGGCGGUGGGCCGCCGGCGGAGAAGCCGCCCCAGGGACCCUCCCUGCCGCCGCUGUCGGAAAUACGUUGGGGGCAGCUGCUGGCGCCGUCCCCGGACAACGCUGCGGCCGUGGCGCUGACGGCCGCGCUGGUCUGGGCCGGCGCAACUCUGCUGCUGCAGCUGGUACUCAUCUCCGCCUCCAUCUUCGCCGCCGCCCUCAAGUACUCCUUCGUCGCCGCGCUCCUACUCUUCGUCCUCAUCGCGCUCCUGUGAGUGGUCCAUCCGGCCGCAGAUGCCAAGGUAGGGCUGGUGAGGCAUACCGUGUGCUGAAGUGAAGAUCUUGAUGGACUGGCCAUGGCGAACAGAGAACGAUGAUGAUGAGCAGACAGUUGUCGAACACAACCAGGUAGGAAAAGGAAGGCGACACCGCGUGGCGGUGGUUGCGCGACAUAGGCGGUCGUCUCCUAUCGACGACCAAGUGGUCCUAGAAGCCUCCACACUCCGCCUCCUCCUCGAGAUUUACCAGCAGGCGACGGGCAUGGAUCGUCGGGGCUCAAAAUUUGUUGUCUCCAGCAUGGUAAGGGCGAAACCUGAUUACCUAAGAUUGAUGUGGUGUGGACGGAAGCUUAAAGGGAAGAAAAAAUCUGAUGAAGAUGGAAACUUAAA